AUGCUUAAUCUUCAGUACUUGAAUGACUGCAAGGAGUUACCUCCUGUAGUGCUUGAGGAUGCUAGAAUCACUGUCAGCCUUCUUGUAUGCUCCUCAUUUGCCAUACUGCUCGAAUUGAUUGCCCUUAUUGUGCUUGCUCGACACAGAGCCAAGCGCUUUGGCUCAAUGCGCAAAAGUCUCAUUGCGCUGACAUCCAUUGAAAUGUGGCUGAAUACAUCCAUUUUUGUGCAUAAAGUGUGGGAGGAUUACGGUUCGCCUCAUCCCGAAACCCUGCUGUCAUACAUUCUCGCUGCCAUUCUUUUUAGUCUACUCAACAGUGCAAUUUGUUCUCGCAAUUGGUGCGUUACACUGAUUGCGCUCUCACGUUGUGAAGCCAUCACUCGUCCUCUGGCCCAUCGAUCGUCAAAGCAGCUUUUAAGCCCUAAUCGACAGCUUAUUCUGCUUGUCUUUGUAAUCAUUUUGGGGAUAAUAUUCAGUGCCGUCCGUUUAACUUUCCUUAACAUUGUAGUUUGUACUAAUCUGAACAACACUGUGAUACGAUUACCGCCAGCGAAUAGUACAAACGCAGGACGAUUUGAAAAAGUAUUUUUUGCAUAUCAGUCAGCAAUUCCGAUCAGCAUUGUGGCCUUGGCGACUGUUUUUAUGAUUUGGACUCUUUUAAGACCAAAAAUAGCAGCAGCCAAAAGAACGCCUUCUUCUCCAGAAAUCCAACGACAACUUCAGUGUCCCUCGACUGCCCACGGGUCGCAUAAUCAUGGUAAAAUUUUACCACGUGGUUAUGAGAAAAGGAAUGUAUCAAGGCUGACAAAUCAAGUUCGGGCAACGCGCACAAUCUUCUUUAUUGCCGCAGUAUUUACAGUACUGGAGGCUCCAGUGUUUUUCAUAAUUGUGUUCGAGAACCACAUUGGGUCAGACGUCAGGGUAGUAAUUGUGCAAUUAUUAAAAUUCCUAAUAAUUCUGGAUUCAUACACGAACAUCGCCAUUUACUUGCUGACAAGCGAGCACUUUCGGACUGAACUAAUACGGAUGCUGACUUGCGGAAGAUACAGAACGGAAAAGGCGCAUUCCCGAAUUCGGAACACUAAAUUGGCAAUCCAACGUCCAUCAAAAACUCCACUGCCAUCACAGGCCUCCCCUCCAACUCGUCGGAAUACGGAUACGGACAUUCUAUAA